GGAAAGUUAUAUCUAUCUUGUGUAUGAGAUUAGAAUAUAAUUUAGGCCAACCAUUUUAAACACAUUAAUGAAGCCUAGAAAUAGGUUAAAUUAGUGAAAGUAACUUAAAUCUUGUCAAUGAGAAAAGAAAUUAUUACUCUAAUCUUUAGUUAUAAAUACUCCUAAUUAUUAGGUCCAAGCUAAAAGGAUGUACCCAUAUUUUAUAAUUCAAUUCAUUGUCCUUCUUUGAUCAAUCCAUUUAGAGUUUAAUAUUAUAUUUUUCAUUAGGUUUAUUUUUGAGCCAUCAUUAGUAUUUGCAUAAUUUAAUUUACUUUCUUUUUCAAAAAGUAGUUUAGAAAAUCAAUCAAAAGUUUUAAUUUGGAAAGUUUCCAAUAAUUUGCGAUAACCUGUGACUGGACUUAAAAUCAAGAAACUCCUCCGCCAUUCCUCAAGAGACACGAUACUCGGGGGAAAACCGAAAGAUUAGACUCCGUUUUACUACAAUGCCGCGUAAGCGGUUAUCAAUACCUACCAAUGUUUUCUGAUGGUCCUUAACGAGAUGAAGAAAAUUAACGUUCGGAAAACCAAUAUGGAAGUCAACCUUCGCUUCCUGAGGUCACUCAAACCCGAAUGGAAGAAAACAGUGAAACGAAUCAGACAAAAUAAAGAUUUGGAUGAGCUGACCAUCCACAAUCUUUACGACUGUCUAGGGGAAUUCUCUGAGGACAUUCGUGACAAAGUCAAUUCUUUAAAGGGAAAGAACAUUGUUGACACACUUGCCCUUCUCUCUACUGAAAAGAAAAGAAAAGAUCCCUAAGAUCUCCUUUCAAGUUGACUCAUCCGAUGAUGAGAAGAACAUGUCUGAUUCUGACCCUGAGAUCAAUGAAUUAUAGAAGGAGCGGGCUCUGCUGAAAAGUAUGAAAAAAAAGAUAAAUAAGAAGUUCACAAGGUUCAGAAAUUCCGCUUCAAACAACAAAAAAAGAACUUCGUCCUCAAACUAUUCUGACAAAGCUAGCAGACUGUCAGACAAAGCUGUCAAUGAUGAUAUUAUGAAGUGCUUCAAAUGUGGAAAUCCGGGACACUUUGCUAAAGAAUGCCAAUCUGCCAAGAAGAAGGACUUCAACUACUACAUGCAAAAGGCACAAUUGGCUAAGCAAAAAGAACAAGGUGUUGUUUAGAUGGCUGAACAUGAUAGCUGGCUGGAAGAUUUUGAUGACAGUGAUCCUGAUAACCUUGCAUUGAUGGCAAGAGUGGUUGACUCUGAAAGCGAAAGUGAUGGUUCUGAAGAAGAAAACAACGCAUCUUCAUUUUCUGAAAACGAGGUAAGUAGUUUGAAGUCUGAACUCAAUAAUCUCCAAACAAAGUGAAAAAUAAAUGAACUCAUCUCUCCUCUAAAGAAGGAGAAAAACAAAGUUAAGGAACUCGAGGACAGACAUAUAAACAAUACUAAGGUUCUGGAACAACUUAUGAUAGAAAGAGCUCAUCAAAAUGUGCGCUUAAAAGACUCACGCGAUAGGGUCACAAGUUUAGAAUCUGAAGUGAGUAAACUUAAGCAAUCUGUCCUUGACCUAACUAAGGAACGAAAUGAUUUUAAACGACAAUGUUCUGAAGCUGUUACUCGUUUUGAAAUGAUUAACAAUGAGUGUGGUCAUCUUUAUUCAAAGAUAAAGGAGUUAGAUGAUAUUUUAGCCAAGAAAGGACAAACUGAAGAAAUAAUUCAUGUUUUGAACAGUAAAAUCAAGGACACUCAAUUUUACAACCCUAGAGAAGGACUCGGCUUUCAAAAUCAUGAAAAUUUGAAGAAAAUUGAGUGUCCUCAAUCGUACGACAUAAAGUACAUGAAUCUAGGGUCAACCAAACUGAUGAAAUUUACUUAUGGUUCUGAAACUAUUAAGGAAGAGGAAGACAAAAGUAAAAAUAGAGCUAGAGCUGAGGUUAGUUUUGAUUACACUGCCCUCAAUGAUAGCUAUGCUACAAGGGAAAUUUCUUUAUCUGAUGACUAUGUUAUUUGCUCUUCUCCUGAAAAACAAAAUGUGUCCGAUAAGGAAUCAACCUCAACCUCAAAA